GCUUAAAUAGGAUGGGGCCGGCGUAGCUGCAGCGACCGCAAGAUGCGGGCGGUCAUCGCGCUGGUGGCGCUGCUCGGCAGCCUCCUGCUCUUCGUCUGCCUGCUCUGGCUCACGGCCGACGGGUCCCUGCGCGCCAGGAGCUGGGAGAAGGAGGCAGCGGCGGGCACGGCGGGCACGCCCCAAGCCCGCAGGAAGCUCCGGUCCCCUCUCGCAUCGGCGCAGCCGGGUCCCGGGAGCCAGAACAGAACAGCUCAUAAUAAAAAUGGAAUUUACUCACAUGACCAGGCUUUGAAAUGUAAGGAGAUUCAGGACAACAUUUUGCCUUCAUCUGUCAAGAAGAAAAGGUAUUCUGAAAAUUAUUACCUUCAGAUAGUCACAAAACUACAGCACUGCGCAUGGAAAAGGAGGCCAGAAGAAUAUGAAAAAUUUAGGUCAGAACUCGCUUCCUGCUGUGAUGCUGCUCACAACUUCAUUGUUUCUCAAAACAAUACCCCACUGGGAAGUAACUUGAGUUAUGAAGUGGACCAUAAAAAGGCUAUCCAUAUCACAGAAGACAUUUUUAGGAUGCUGCCUGCGUCCCCUCCCUUUCUGAGCCACCCCUUCAAGCACUGUGCAGUGGUUGGAAAUGGGGGCAUUCUGAAAAACUCCAGCUGUGGCAUUGAAAUUGAUAAUUCCGACUUUGUAUUCAGGUGUAACCUUCCUCCAACCACAGGAAGCAUUAGCAAAGAUGUUGGCAAUAAAACAAAUCUUGUGACUGUUAAUCCAAGCAUCAUUGCGCAGAAAUACAAGAAACUGAAAGCAAAGAAGAUGACAUUUCUGCAGAACAUUGCAGUUUAUGGAGAUGCUUUUCUUUUAUUGCCAGCAUUUUCCUUCAGAAGCAACACAGCUGCUUCUUUUAAAGUAUACCAUACUCUUCACGAGUUUGGAGCAAAACAGAGGGCAAUAUUUUUUCAUCCAAGGUACCUGAAAAGCCUUGCCCGGUUCUGGAGAACUAAGGGCGUGAAAGCAUAUCGAUUGUCUUCUGGUUUUAUGAUCACUAGUGCUGCUGUUGAGCUGUGUGAAAAUGUGAAGUUGUAUGGCUUCUGGCCUUUCUCAAAAAACAUAGAAGAAGUGCCAAUCAGCCAUCACUAUUAUGACAACCAGCUGCCUAAACCAGGUUUCCAUGCAAUGCCUAAAGAAUACAACCAAAUUCUGAAGCUUCACGGGAAGGGUAUUUUGAAGCUGCAGUUUGGUCAGUGUGGAUGAGACUAAUCAGUCAAUCAGGGGUUGAAAACCUACAGCCUGUUUGCUGGAUCCAGCCCACAGAGAGAUUUUAUCUUGCCCAUGAAUCAGUGGGAAGAACUGGUGGCAGGGGGAGGCAGUGGCAAGUGGCAACAGGGGAACCAAUGGCAGCUGCUGGGGUUGCAAGUGGUGGCCUGCCCUAGGAUUGAGCGGCAUUAAUUCAGCCCUCUGUUGCUAAAAGGUUGCUGACCCCUGAUGUACAUGAAUUAGUAGGAGAAAGAACUUUUAAAAAUAAAUAAAUGCAUAGUACAAUGAAGUUGAAAAGUUAGUCAUACCUGUUCCUUUUCCUCUAUGCUGUGGAUCUCUAAAAGGUGCUUGUUAAGUAUAUGCAGGAUUGUCAGAGAUUAUGAUAGCCAUAACUCUGUCAGUCAAGUUCCAUCAUCCCAAAGAUGUGUUGCUUCCUUAUGCUUCUCCACAUUUGGUUUGGUGUGGCUUCCCAAAAGGAUAUAUUGUUUUAAUUAAAAUUGGUUGUUUUACUGAAGAUGGUCACACUGUGCAUUUGAGAGAGAGAGCCAAAUUCUAGCCCUGUAUAGUCUUUUACCCAGUGCAAAUGUACAAACAAGAGAGUAUAGAAGGCCCUAGGACAAUUCAGCCAGUUCUGAGCAGGCAUAUGGCUAGUGAGUGACCCCCCUCAACUUGCCUACUUCAGAGAAGAGGCAUGGCUAAAAUAAUCCAUGCUCUAGUAAUAUUCAUUUGUAGAGCAGUCUCUUGACAGCAAUAGAGAGACUACCAUAAUUUACAGCAGCUCUUUGGGAUGCACUGACCUGGAUGGGAAGUGCAUCUCAGAAUAACCCAGAAUCUGGGAAGCAUAAAUGUGGCAUAUGGUGCAAACAAAUUGGCCCCUUGAAAGCACGUUAAAGCCACGCCCAAAUGGAAGAGCAUGCAGAGCUCCAGUCAUGCAACAAAUUAGCCCUCAUCGUAUAAGGGCUCAAAUGAAGUCACUCUGCUUUGGACGGUCUUCAUUAAUUUCUGGCUGCUUCGGCUUCAAUAGCAGCCUGACCUAAGCUGCUGUCUCUGGAUGGGGUGGGGAGUAGGCAGGGAAGGGAGAUCAUUUUUGCUGUUUUCUCAGCCCCACUGGAAUGGGAAGCCCUUCAUCUUGUGGGGGUGGGGCUCCAGUCUACCCACCCUGCCACUCCAGUGGGGCUGAGAAAACCCCCAAAUGACCUCCCUCCUCUGCCUGCCUGCCAAGGCUGUGCAGAACAGCACCCUUUUGUUUCGACUUCUGUUUAGCCAUUUCAAAGGGACAGUGUUUCAUUUCAUCAUUUUGUUUUGUUUUGUUUUGAAGCACUGUUCCGUUUAGUCACAACACAUUGAAACAGCUUUGAUGCUUCACCCAUAGGCUAUAAUGGGGAAUCAUGAAAAUGCCUAAAACUUUGUCAUUUCUUGCCUGAUUCAGAUAAAAAAUGCAAGGAUGGUAGCCCCUUCUGAAGACAUAAAGCCUGCCAGGUUCCAAGGAGAUAGGUGUAGAGGUUUCUGGGAAACUGCACCUCAAACAGUUGAAAGGAAAACUCAUAUCACUUGCCGGCAGGGGUAGCCUCCUGUCAUCCUGCAUGCAUAUAUGGGGGCCCACACCCCUGGGAGGGCUGCAGGGCUGUGCCAGACUCCUCCCGGGAGUGUGGGCCCCCAGAUCUGCACAUGGUAUGACAGGAGAUUGCUGGUGCUGCCUGAGGCCAGAGGCAGCAGCAAUCUUCCCGGCGCUGGGCACAGGGUGCUCGCAGGGUGCUCCCAGUGCCAGUCCCAGGCAGCAGCAGCAGCCUGCUGUCAUCUUGCAUGCAGAUCCAGGGGCCUGCACCCCCUCAGGAGGGCUGCAGGGCUGUGCCAGACUCCUCCUGGGGGACACAGGCCCCCGGAUGUGCACACAGGAUGACAACAGGCUGCCCCUGAUGCCUGGAACCGACGAUGAAGCCAAGUAGGCCCAGCUUUGGAACUCGAAACAUUUCAAAACUUUCAAAACACUUUGAGUGCCCUCCUUUAGUUUCAAAGCUGUUUUGAAGCCUUUUGUUUUGUUUCAAUUUCACUCUGAAAUGAAACACCUGGUGAAAUUUUGCAUAGCCCUACUUCCCGCUCCGCCUCCUCCAGGGACAGCAACAGGAAAUAAGAGACAGAGAGGAGGAGCCAGGGGAAGACACAGCCUCUCUGCCUAGAUUGAUUCUAAAUUGGAGCCAAUCCUCCACUAUCCUGAUCCAACAGCUAAUGUCUGUUGGGUCAAGAAGAUCGGUCUAACUCAGGGGCAGGCAAAAUACGGCCUGCGAGCUGCUUCUGGCACUCCAGGUACUUUCAUCCAGCCCAUGGGCACCCACGAAUUAAUUGUACCCCACCCAGCCUUCCUCCCCAUGAGGGUGGGAGUGAGGUGCCCACAUAUAUACACACUAUCCAACAUGCCCUAUUGAACCUCGCUCCCACCAUGGGCAAUAGGGCCUGUCCCAGCCAGCACACAGCCUCCAGGUGGGCUGCUGCUGCCACAGCUGCAGCUGCCAGGGUACCUGCUUGGCUUCCCUGGCAUCCCACUUGCUCUGGGCAGCAGGUAGGGAAGUGGCAGGAGUGGAGGCAGGGCAGAGCUGCAGUUGGGCAAGGGGAGGGAGUGUGAGGCUGGGGCUGGUGGCAGUGCAGAGCCUGCACCCAGAGGGGCUGUGGGAGCACAGAGCUUGGGUGGACAGGGUGUGGAUAUGAAGGAUCAUAGUGGGAUGUGGGGACCUCCCCCACAUACUUCCCCCCAAAUGGUGCACAGCCCCUGCAGGCAGCAGCAGGAG